AUGUUUAUAAUAUAUUUAAUAUUAUGUCCAAUAGUAGCAUUAGCAUUAGUAGGAUUAAAUUGACUAUUAUCAACUAGUAAUAGUUAUACAGAAAAGACUGGUCCAUUCGAAUGUGGAUUCACUUCUUAUCAACAAUCUAGAUCUGCCUUUAGUGUUGCAUUUAUAUUAGUAGCUAUAUUAUUUUUACCAUUUGAUUUAGAAAUAUCAUCUAUAUUACCAUAUGUUAUAUCUCCUUAUACUAAUGGAGGAUAUGGUAUAGUUAUAUUAGUAAAUUUCUUAAUCUUAUUAGUAAUAGCUUUUAUAGUAGAAAUAAGAUUAAAUGCAUUACAUUUAACACGUACAUAUACAAAGGUACCAGAUACAAUACAUGCAACAGAAAAUAAUAUAUCACCAAAUUUAUAUAUAUAA